UCCCACCAAGGUUACAUCCUUGGCUGAAUAUAUAAGCCAGGUUCUGUUUGAUCCAGACACAGCCAUUUCAAACGUGAGGCUUCAUCAAGGCAGUAACGAUUUGAACCUUUUCUAUAUACUUGAUUUUAUUUUCGUCCGUUCCCUGAAACCACCUCAUCAUCAUGCGUGAAUGUAUCUCUAUCCAUGUCGGCCAGGCCGGAGUCCAGAUGGGCAAUGCCUGCUGGGAGUUGUACUGUCUUGAGCACGGCAUCCAGCCUGAUGGUCAGAUGCCAAGUGACAAGACCAUCGGAGGUGGAGACGACUCCUUCAACACCUUUUUCAGUGAGACCGGUUCCGGCAAGCAUGUCCCACGUGCCGUCUUUGUUGACUUGGAGCCAACUGUCGUUGAUGAGGUCCGAACUGGAACAUACCGCCAGCUCUUCCACCCUGAGCAGCUGAUCACAGGCAAAGAGGAUGCCGCUAACAACUACGCCAGAGGUCACUACACCGUCGGAAAAGAGCUCAUUGAUCAGGUCCUAGACAGACUUCGAAAGCUGGCUGACCAGUGCACCGGUCUUCAGGGUUUCCUCAUCUUCCACAGCUUCGGUGGUGGUACCGGCUCUGGCUUCACAUCCCUGUUGAUGGAGCGUCUCUCCGUCGACUACGGCAAGAAGUCCAAGCUUGAGUUUGCCAUCUACCCUGCCCCACAGAUCUCUACAGCUGUAGUAGAGCCUUACAACUCUAUCCUCACCACUCACACCACCCUUGAGCACUCCGACUGUGCCUUCAUGGUCGACAACGAGGCCAUCUACGACAUCUGCCGUCGCAACCUCGACAUCGAGAGACCGACCUACACCAACCUUAACCGUCUCAUUGGUCAGAUCGUGUCCUCCAUCACUGCCUCACUUCGCUUUGAUGGUGCCCUCAACGUCGACUUGACAGAGUUCCAGACCAACUUGGUGCCCUACCCACGUAUUCACUUUCCUCUUGCUACCUACGCCCCAGUCAUCUCUGCCGAGAAGGCCUACCAUGAGCAGUUGACCGUUGCAGAGAUCACCAAUGCCUGCUUCGAGCCCGCAAACCAGAUGGUGAAGUGCGAUCCCCGUCACGGCAAGUACAUGGCUUGCUGCCUUCUCUUCCGCGGUGAUGUCGUCCCCAAGGAUGUCAACGCUGCCAUCGCAACCAUCAAGACCAAGCGAACCAUCCAGUUCGUCGACUGGUGUCCAACUGGCUUCAAGGUGGGCAUCAACUACCAGCCUCCUACCACGGUGCCAGGUGGCGAUCUGGCCAAGGUGCAGCGUGCCGUCUGCAUGCUGAGCAACACCACUGCCAUCGCUGAGGCCUGGGCUCGUCUGGAUCACAAGUUUGAUCUGAUGUACGCCAAGCGUGCCUUCGUUCACUGGUACGUAGGAGAGGGUAUGGAGGAGGGUGAGUUCUCUGAGGCUCGUGAGGAUCUGGCUGCCCUGGAGAAGGACUACGAAGAGGUCGGACUCGACUCUGCUGACGGUGAGGAAGAAGACGAAGGCGAGGAAUAUUAGACACCUCCCAAACCUUGCAGAACUUCAACCCAACAAAAUCUUUUCUCAAUGAAAACUCGACUGUACUCAAAGAAGAGUUCUUUUUUACAACUUUGUUCGGAGAUCUUUCUUUUCCUAAUGGUAUAAACAGAUGAGUAGAAAUUCACUCCAAAGCUUGUUUAUGCCUGCAACCGUGGACAUCCUAUUGUCCCACUCUUUUUUGAAACAUCUUCCAUUGGUUUUGUACACGUUUUCCAAGAGCUGUGGAACUUUUCCGACCCUUGGACUCUAUCGUCCUCUUUUGUUAUUGGUCCUUGGUUUUAAUGUGUUUGAAACAAUCUUGCAACAUCACAUUGGUUUUCGCCACCAAAAAUACAUUUCAAAAUUGUGUGGUUCUUGUUUACACGUGUCAAUGGGUCUUGACCGAGCCCAAUUUUCCACACGGUCCUAGUGACAUGCGAAUGAACCCACACCUAAGUAUAACUACAAUGUCACAAAUAGAGAAGUUUCAUUGAAGUUAAAGGGAAGGUACACGUUUGGUAAUUGUCACAGACCAGUCUUCUCACUUGGUGUAUCCCAUCAUAACCAUA